AUGGUGCGUGGUUGUGGGUACUUGAGCAAGGACAGCGACUCCCACGAGGGGUUGGGCGUGUAUGGUCCCAGGACUGUGUACUGCAUUGCUAUCAAGGGAUGCCCUGGCACCCACGAGUUCUUGCUGCAGGAGGAUGGCAAGUGGCUCCACGUGAAGGAGACAGAGGAAAUCGGCGAAGGCAAGCUUUUCGCCCCCGGCAACUUGCGAGCUACCUUUGACAACCCCAACUAUGAGAAGCUCGUCAACUACUACAUUGGGGAGCAGUACACCCUGCGGUACACAGGGGGCAUGGUGCCAGACGUUUUCCAGAUCAUCGUCAAGGAGAAGGGCGUGUUCUGCAAUGUCACAUCACCAUCCACAAAGGCCAAGUUGCGCAUCCUGUUCGAGGUCGCGCCUUUGGCUCUCUUGGUGGAGAACGCCGGAGGUGCCAGCAGCUGCGAUGGCAGGCUGGUGUCUGCGUUGGACAUCGACAUCAACACCUAUGACCAGAGGGCAGAAGUCUGCUACGGAUCCGUGGGCGAGGUGGCACGCUUCGAGGAGGUGGUGUACGGAAAAUCACCACGUUUUGCUGGCAAGGUCCCGGCCUAG